CAAUCGGUAGUAGUUUCUCGUUCGCAUCUAAAUUAAGACCGGGUGUCGGCCUCGAGAUGCGCGCGCGCACACCCACCGACCGCUCAAUAAAAACCAAACGUAGCACGUAUUAUAUUUUUUUCCAUCCUGAUUUUUCCGAAAACCCCGUACCCGGGUGACGAUUCGAUAAAAAAAUAAAUAAAACCCGGAUAAUUAAAAUGUCUGUGAUGUGAAAACGAAGUGAUAUUAGCGAAGUUACAAGACUUAUCCCGUCAAUAUGAAGUUCCAAAUUGACGUUUUGGGGAUAUUUUUGAAAGUAGUCGUUAGGAUCAACAAAGUGACGUUUGCACCACUAGUGGUGUCAACGUUGUUCAUCCUCCUAACAUCUCUGUUAGCGCAUUGCGCGCGGCGGCUUGUGCAAAAGACUGUCAAGGAACCCUUCGUGAAACUACUCCUGGAAGAGGCGAUCGCUGCUGCUGAGCUAUGCGGGUGCUGUUUUGAACUGAUUGUUGUGGCGGACCAUUUCGGCGUAGCAACGUAUGCGAUCUUCUUAUUCGCGCUCACGAUUUGGUGGUCGAUGAACUGGGGAGACGCGACGGCGUGCCCUUACACGCACAUUGAAGACGUCAUAGAAGGCAGAGGUGAUAUAAGAAAGGCUCUCUUAAAAACAUGGGCGGAGUUGACAGGCGGUCUCUUGAUCUUCAAAUACGUGCAGUUGUACUGGGCGCUAGAAAUAUCCGACACUCACAAGAACAAAGCCUUCGAAGACUGCACGGCAGAUUUACAGGUGCCAGUUCUCUACGGAGCUAUCGUAGAAGGCGUAGCAACAUGUAUUUGCCGUCUGGCAUCCAGGUCACUAAGCGAUUUAAACCCGCGCUACGCCACUGCCAUCGACUCUUUCAUUGGAACAUCACUAGUUGUUGCUGGGGUCCUCACUAGGAACACGGUACUCGUCUACCGCUAUGAGGACAGUAGUGCUAAUGCGGACCUCAGUGUGUCCAUCUUUUGCAAAGUCCAUGUAGGAAAAGCUUUUGACUACUCGGGUGGGUACUUCAACCCAGUGUUAGCCACAUCACUGAAGGCUGGCUGCGAAGGUCACACUUUGAUGGAGCACGCUUCAGUCUACUGGCUGGGUGCUACUGCUGGAUCCAUCCUGUCUGUAUACUUGUACAAACUACCUUAUAUACAGAAGUAUGUGAGAGGUACCACGGAAGUUAACGGUGACAGCAUUUGGGCUGAUAAAGAUGAUUAGGUGAACAAGAUACUUCUAUAUUAUUUUUUCUACGGAAACUUAAUAAAAAAAUCAGGAAUUACUAUGGAUAAUGUUAUAGAACGAGCUCAAUCUUUCAAUUCAGAGGGGAAUAUUAUAAAAGUGCGAGCGAAACAAGCGUAAUUUUUUUUAUCAACAUGAGUCAAACUAAACUACUGAUUGAGUAAUUUAUGUAUUCUUAGUAAGUGGUUGUUAUGAAAAACAAGUUCGUGGAAGGCUCUAGAAGUUGCACAAAAGUUUGCUGAAGUGGUACAAAUCAUUUCUACAGAAACUAUUUCCUAUGUAACGUUUUAUUGCAUUUUGAGAGAGAACAUUUUAUGACACUUAUUGUUUUGUUAUUUAUAAGUUCAUGGCGCCCGAACACAACCAGAGCGACACACUAUAUCUUUCGCGACAAUGCUGUGAGAAAGUAUUGAUUGUGCUUGGGCUGUUAAGGCUGUUUUACGCCUGGUACAAAGUACCGUGCUGUAGAAUUGGAAUAUUAGAUAAAAUAACUUGAAUCUUGUAAAACCCUGUAGCAUGACCAAAUACCGUGCUGUUAUUGCUUUGGCGUAAAACUGCCUUUACAGCUAAAUAAUGAAAAGUAGGUCAUUUUCUAUUCUAUUCGAAUUUUUCCUUAAUUCUAGUCAUUUAUUUAGUUGAGGAACUUUGAAUGGUAUUUAUAGAAUAUGUAAAGUUAGGGAAAGAUAAAAAAGUUUAUUGUGGAAUGUAUACUUAAUAAAACCCUAUUUUAUCGAAAAUAAUUGACAUUACUUGAAAACAUCAAAUUAUGAUACUUUUUCAGGAGAGUUUCAACUAUUAAAGUUGUUAUUAUAUUAAUUAUUUUAUUAAGUAAUAGUUUUUCAUUUUGUACCUUUCAAGAGACUUGUUGCGUCUUCCAAAAAUAUAAUAAGUGCUACGCUCUCUUGUUGUAAAUAAACGUUUAUCUAUGUU